GUCAACUAAGCCAUUCUUAUCUCAAGAAACCAAUCUCUCUAAAUUUGUCUGCCCUUCCCAAAUAUGGCUGAUACAGCAGUUGUUGAUGUGCCCAAAAAAUCAAGAAACAAUGGAAGAAAAGCCCUGAAACAGAAAAACCCAUCAACAAAUGAUGCCAAUAUUUUGGCACAAAAGCUCUCUCAGCCUUCCCCAACUCCAGUUUCUUCUCCAAUGGAAGCUGAUCCCUACAAAGAGAACCACGAGGUACUCUCUCAAACUUCCAAGAGAGGGAAAGCCGCUGCGAAAGGGAAACAGAGCAAGCAGCAGCAGCAGUCUUUCGAGAAAGAGUUGCAAGAAAUGCAAGAGAUGGUGCAGAAGUUGAGGAUAGAGAAGGAGAAGACAGAGGAGUUAUUGAAGGAGAAAGAUGAGAUGCUGAAGUUGAAAGAGGAAGAGCUUGAGACCAAGGGAAAAGAUCGAGAGAAAUUGCAGAUAGAGUUUAAGAAAUUGCAGAAAAUAAAGGAGUUUAAGCCCACUAUGACUUUCCCAAUUGCUCAAUCUCAGAAAGACAAGAAACAGAACAAAAAAGAGAAGAAGAAGAAGGAGGGAGGCCCUGAAAAGAAAAGGCCAUCUCCACCUUACAUCUUAUGGUGCAAAGAUCAAUGGAAUGAGGUCAAGAAGGAGAACCCAGAGGCAGAUUUCAAAGAGGUCUCAAAUAUUUUGGGGGCGAAAUGGAAAACCGUUACUACUGAAGAAAAGAAGCCUUAUGAAGAGAAAUAUCAGGCACAGAAGGAAGCCUAUUUGCAGCUGAUUGGAAAAGAAAAGCGCGAGAGUGAAGCCAUGAAGCUCUUGGAAAAUGAUCAUAAGCAGAAGACUGCUAUGGAGUUACUUGAACAGUAUUUGCAGUUCAAACAGGAAACAGAGAAAGAGACCAAGAAGACCAAAAAAGAAAGGGAUCCGUUGAAGCCAAAGCAACCCAUGUCAGCAUUUUUCUUGUUCUCCAACGAGAGGAGGGCAGCUCUUCUAGCAGAGAACAAGAAUGUUUUGGAGGUAGCGAAAAUGACUGGUGAAGAGUGGAAGAACAUGACUGAAGAACAAAGAGGACCUUAUGAAGAGAUGGCUAAGAAGAACAAGGAAAAAUACAUGCAGGAAAUGGAGGUUUACAAGCAGAAAAAGAAGGAAGAAGCCUUGAAUCUUAGGAAGGAAGAGGAGGAGAUGAUGAAACUUCAAAAACAAGAAGCUCUUCAAUUGCUUAAGAAGAAAGAGAAGACAGAGAAUAUUAUUAAGAAGACCAAGGAGAAGCGCCAGAAGAAGAAGAAGCAGCAGCAGAACUCUGACCCUAACAAGCCCAAGAAGCCUGCUUCUUCAUUCCUUCUGUUCAGUAAAGAAACAAGAAAAACUCUGAUCCAAGAGCGACAAGGAAUCAACAAUUCUACAAUUAAUGCCCUGAUUUCAGUGAAAUGGAAAGUAUGGUAUUAUCUUAAACACCAUUUUUGGUUUUUUAACCUUAACUAUGGUUCACUCUUGGGUUUGUUUUUUUGUUUUAAUUUUUUGGGUUAUAGGAACUUAGUGAGGAAGAGAAGAAUAGUUGGAAUGCCAAAGCAGCUGAAGCCAUGGAAGCAUACAAGAAAGAAUUGGAAGGAAGAGGAGGAGAUGAUGAAACUUCAAAAACAAGAAGCUCUUCAAUUGCUUAAGAAGAAAGAGAAGACAGAGAAUAUUAUUAAGAAGACCAAGGAGAAGCGCCAGAAGAAGAAGAAGCAGCAGCAGAACUCUGACCCUAACAAGCCCAAGAAGCCUGCUUCUUCAUUCCUUCUGUUCAGUAAAGAAACAAGAAAAACUCUGAUCCAAGAGCGACAAGGAAUCAACAAUUCUACAAUUAAUGCCCUGAUUUCAGUGAAAUGGAAAGUAUGGUAUUAUCUUAAACACCAUUUUUGGUUUUUUAACCUUAACUAUGGUUCACUCUUGGGUUUGUUUUUUUGUUUUAAUUUUUUGGGUUAUAGGAACUUAGUGAGGAAGAGAAGAAUAGUUGGAAUGCCAAAGCAGCUGAAGCCAUGGAAGCAUACAAGAAAGAAUUGGAAGAAUACAAAUCUACAGCAGCUGCUGCGGAGGAGAACAAGCUGCAACAGUGAAAGCUCUGAUGUUUUGUUGAUGUUCAAGUGUUUGUUGAACAUCAUCGUCAUUUUAGUAGGCUUUUAAGAGCUGUUCAAUGUUAACUUUUUUGACUGCAAUUUAAGAUCCAGUGUUCUCUCUCAUCUCUGGUCGAAUGCUGUCCAUUGUUUUCAAUUUAAGAUCCUUUCACAGAAAACCAGUAAACUUCGUAUUUGGCCUAACUGAAGAAUACAUAAAAAAAUAUGGAGUCAUGAUAGAGGAAAACAGAGUAAUAUAGAUAAAAAGUUUCAUGCAUUCUUUUCGGUCUAUGCGCAGACGUAAAGACUUCCGAUAGGA